CCACAGCAUGGCGGACGGGCCUGGAGAAGUUACUGGCAAGGAUGUGCUCGAGGGCCAUGCAAAGCCUCUUCGGACCGCCGACUUGCUCAAGCAGACCUUCGGCAGAUGAUUAAAAAGUCUAGCCAGUUUACAGCAGAAGAAAAGGCCACGCUGCAAGUCGAUACCCAGGAAGCCUUUGAAGAUUUCUGGAGGGAUACGUUGACUACCAAAAAGUCCUUUGAUGACCGGCGCAGUCCGAAUGGCGUUCAAUCGAAGGUCAACACCUUCGCUAUGUCUGCGCAAGAUCUCUUUCACAGCAUGGCUCCUUUGGUCGAUUCCCUCAAAGACGCAGGCGUCCCCUAUGUUGGCAUAGUCUUAGGCACGCUGUCUUUCUUUUUCCUGAUCGUUAGAAACCGCUUUGGCAUCGAGGAAAAGAUUGUGAGCACGCUUCUGAUCAUCCAGAGGCGUCUGCCGGGCAUACGCAUGUAUCAAGAUAUCUACGAUGGUGACCAUGAACUCGACCACGAUCUCCGAUCUCAACUUGUCGAGGCGUACCAUCGAUUUUCCGAGUUCUGCAUCACAUCCACGAGGUUUUAUGCCCGAGGAAAGUUAUCUCGUUGGUUUGCCUCGCUCAAACGGCCCAGCUCUGUAGAUGAGGCAGCGGCCCACGUAGAACAGGCUGUGACCAACGUGAGGCUUCUCUGUGAAGAAUUGCUCAACAAGAGAGUCCAUCAAAUGAGUCGGACUAUGGACGCCAUGAAAGUCCUCGCGGAGAGAAAACAAAAUGAAAUCAACGAGCUGAAGAUGUCAAUCCAAGCCUUACAGGAGGAGAAAGACUUGUCUAAGCUUGAGCACAUCCGCGUCGCCCUGAACGCGCCGGUAACCUCGGCGCAGCAAGCGCUUGACGAAAUCGCGACCGUGAGGAGCGAACUCGACCACGAACUUCGGCACAUGCCGACGGUUAGUCUCGACGCGGUCGAGAACCACGCCGAAUUUCUGCAAUGGCAAACAAGUUCACAUUCGCAGAUACUCGUGUUUGCUACACACAACCACGUGCUCUCGGCAUUGCACUGCUGGGUGACACCAGCCGUACUAAACUACUUUGCCACGCUCUCAGCGGGCCCUGACGUUGCUGUCCACUAUCUCUUUGGCAACACGGGCAAGGACGAGACAUUCAACGAUGUUGUGUCGCGCCUUGCAUACCAGCUCGUCUCAAAGAACAAAUCCAUUCGGAGAGAUGAGAGACUUUGGGCCAAGCUGCAGUUGAGCAUCAGCCGGUACCAGUCUGUCCGGGAUAAAGCGCUGCUGCGCGCGACUGGGGUCCCCAGCGACCUUGUGGAUGAGGCCAAAACCCUCCUGGAGGCAAUCCUAGAUACCUUCGACAAGGGAACCACAGUUCGGGUACUGAUCGACCGCGCCAAUGACUGCCACAAUGUACACAGCCGCCACGCUCACAGAAACGCGCUGAUGCGAACCCUGGUACAGUUGGUGGAGGAGGGGACGCUCAAGAUUGUCUUGAAGGUUCUGGUCACAGUAAACGCCGCUGGAUGGCGUAUCGAGGAACAACUCGCCGCAAAUCCGGAAGACUUUGAGCAAAAGCGUUCGGACAGUUUGAAGAUCGUUGCGUUCACCCAGUCUAGGAGUUUCUGCUGAAACCAAAUUCAAUAGAGAAUAGAUGACAAUCGCCCGAGUUAGCUUAUAAUUCGAGAACAGCAUGCCUCAAAUUGAAUUCGUUCCACCUUC